AAUGUCAACAAAUUUAAUCGAUGUUUACUAUCGAACAAAUUGACUAUAAAAGUGAAUAUUAUAGCUGAAAAUUGCGGACACAAUGUCGAAUAUUCUGAGAUAAUUGGCAAAUUGAUUGGGAAACAUUUGUAGCCGAUGAUACCAUGGAUGCGUGAGAAAUUUGCAGAGCGAAAAGCAAAAUGGGAAGCAUCCAGAAAAAGAGCAAACUUUUCAUCCGAUACAAUUGGAGUUAGCGAUAAAAUACCACUGCGAAAAGAUGUGUCUUACGAUUCAAUUGAACUUUACGACGAGAACGCAGACGACGCGAUUCUGUUAAAGAUAGUAGGAUACGAUGGAAGAAUAGUGCCCUUACGUUUAGUGUCAACCACAACAAUCCAAGAAGUUAAAUGUCAAGCAUUAAGAGAAUUAGUUGCCGUAUCUAAUGACCACGGUACCAGUAGUAUCCUUGGCUACAAAUUGUUAAAAUCCAACGCAAGUAUGCUCGCCCUGAAUGAGUCCUUGUCAAUAAGCCAAAGUAAUCUCUCUGACUGUGAUGAGCUUUUGUUGAUGAAGUGCAGGCUCACGGAAGAGAAUGAUAAUGAAAAUCGGGUGCAAAAAGGUCCCUCACAGUUGGUCAUUGAUAAAGCAACAGUGGACAGGAUUCAAUGUGGUGAAAAAACCGAAUCCGUUGGGGACGUUAACGAAAUCAUGUUACGUUGUGAUGUGAAAAGUGACAUAAGACAAAUCUUGAUAUCGUUGGCCAAAUCUUCAGCAUUCGUCAUUGGUGCGAGUCCGUACGCAGCACAAAUCAUUUUGAUGUUCAAGGAAAGGCUGAUUCGUCAAAACGACUUGUAUCAGCUGGACUCGUUACCGCAUUGCUCUGUACAGAAAACACUGAAAGCAGAAACCACCGGCAAUAAUUGGGAGCAAAAAACGAAAUUUCUUGAAUUGAACGAGCGAUUCUUGGAAACUCAUUUUUUGAAUUCCUCAUCACAAGAGAGUACCAAAAGAAACAUUGAAGCUUUAUUAGAGAUAAUUCGCAUAUACGCGUACAAACACGUUACAACCAAGUCAAAUCUAAAGGAAAUUAUUUGGAAAAUGGGAUUCAGCAAGGACGAUGUAGAAGACGCGUUGAAAGUAGCUGAAAAUAAUUACGUUGACGCCUGUCGAUGGUUGAUGCGUACGAACAAUAACUACAACGAUGGCCUUUUAAAGGACUCACCAAUGCUUAAAGCCUUAAUUACAUCGCCACACAUUCAAUUGAGUUUUUCUAGUCCGAAAAUUUUUAUCGCAUACAUCUCCAUUUUAGACAAUUAUUCAUCCAUCAAUUUAUGGCUAAGUGAUGCAGAAACGGCUGGAGUUAUUGGUCAUGUAUUACGUACGUACCAUGAAGAGAAGCACAUUUUAGCUAUUAAUCAGAUCAGUUGACUUUAGCUUAGUUUCUUUUCAUUCAAUUUAUUGUAUUUUACAAUUUUAACGUCGCUGCACCAAUAAAAAUCGAAAUCA